AUGGACGUUGAUGCACCUGCAUCACCAAACCGUGCUGCUACACCCGAGACGAAGAAACGCAAAGCAGAACGCUCGAAUGGCCAUGCACCGUCAUCAAUAGAGAAUGAAGGGGUGGAAGGGUCGGCAACGAAAAAGCGACGUGUGGAGCCAUCAUACCAGCCAGUCGUAGUGGAUGAGUUCGAGACGGAGGCGAAGAGAGAGGUCAUAGCGAGUGCUGGACUAACAGAGUCGGCAGAUGCUGUGGGCUCAAGGCUGGAGUUGAAACAUCAGGUCCGACAUCAGGUCGCUGUCCCUCCAGGAUAUGACUACAUCCCAAUAUCGAAACAUGUGCCACCCGCGAAGCCCGCGCGUGAAUACAAGUUCACGUUGGAUCCUUUCCAACAAGUUUCGAUUUAUGCGAUUCAGCGGAAUGAGAGCGUACUCGUCUCGGCGCAUACCAGUGCGGGAAAGACCGUGGUGGCUGAGUAUGCUAUCGCCCAAGCAUUGCAGAAUAAGCAAAGGGUUAUCUAUACGAGUCCUAUAAAGGCACUCAGUAAUCAAAAGUAUCGAGAGAUGGAGGCUGAGUUUGGUGAUGUCGGGCUGAUGACUGGAGAUGUGACCCGAAAUCCUACAGCAUCAUGCCUAGUAAUGACGACGGAGAUUUUACGUUCCAUGCUCUAUCGUGGCUCCGAGAUCAUGCGAGAGGUCGCAUGGGUCAUCUUCGACGAGAUCCACUACAUGCGCGAUAAGGAGCGUGGCGUCGUUUGGGAAGAGACUAUCAUCCUCCUCCCACACUCUGUGCGCUACGUUUUCCUUUCCGCGACCAUUCCGAACGCGAUGCAGUUCUGCGAGUGGAUUGUCAAAUCUCACGAGCAGCCAUGUCACGUCGUCUACACUGAUUUCCGCCCAACACCGCUGCAACAUUAUCUCUUUCCUGCCGGGGGACAAGGGAUCUACCUCGUGGUGAACGAGAAGGGUGAAUUCAGGGAGGACAACUUCUCCAAGGCUAUGGGUAUGCUACAGGAGAAGAUGGGCGAGGAUCCUGCGGAUUCGAAGAGCGGUGCGGGGAGGAAGGGUAAGUCAAAGAAGGGGGGCGAAAAGAAAGGUGAGUAUGCUGACGUUUCCCACUCAGGUCCGUCGGACAUUUCGAAGAUCAUCAACAUGAUCAUGAAAAAGAACUUCAACCCGGUUAUUGUGUUCGCGUUCAGCAAACGUGAAUGCGAAUCCCUCGCGCUCCAGGUAGCAAAAACAGAGCAUAACACGGCCGAAGAGCAAGACUCAGUCGAGAAAAUCUUCACUAAUGCCAUCGCCGGUCUUUCUCCAGACGACCGCGGGCUGCCACAGAUAGCGAACAUACUUCCUCUGCUAAAACGCGGCAUAGGCAUUCAUCAUGGCGGUCUUCUCCCUAUUCUCAAAGAAGUCAUUGAGAUUCUCUUUCAGGAGGGCCUCAUCAAGGUGCUCUUCGCCACGGAGACAUUCUCCAUCGGUUUGAACAUGCCUGCGAAAACCGUCGUCUUCACCGCCGCGCGGAAAUUCGACGGGCACGAAUUCCGUGACCUAUCCUCUGGCGAGUACAUUCAGAUGUCAGGGCGUGCUGGGCGGAGAGGCUUGGACGACAGGGGAGUGGUUAUCAUGAUGUGCGACGAAAGGUUGGAGCCUACAGCUGCCAAGAACAUGGUCAAGGGCGAAGCGGAUCGCUUGGAUUCAGCGUUCCAUCUAGGGUAUAACAUGGUGCUGAACUUGAUGAAAAUUGAGGUGAUCAGCCCGGAGUACAUGCUCGAGAGGUGUUUCUUCCAAUUUCAGAGCAGUGCCGGCGUGCCGAUCCUCGAAGACCAGUUGAAAAAGGCUGAGGACGAGAAGUCGACGAUGAUCAUUCCCGACGAGGAGCUUGUAGAGGAAUACUACGAGUACCGGCAACAAUUGGACCAGAUGUCGGCUGAUUUCCGAGAUGUCAUCACACAUCCGAACUACAGCCUUCCCCAUCUUAAGCCUGGUCGUCUCGUCAAAAUCAAGUACCAAGAUAUGGAUUUCGGCUGGGGCGUGGUCAUCAACUACCAGAAACGCCUGCCGCCAAAAAACCGACCUACACCCAAAGCCGAGGAAUUGCCUCCACACGAGCAAUAUAUUAUCGAUGUCUUACUCAAUUGCGCUUCAGGGUCGACGGCUCCCACACAGAAAGACCGUCAGAACAUGCUUGCAACGCCAGGAGGUGUACAACCCUGUCUCCCGGGGCAGAAGGGGGAUCCACUUGUCGUGCCCGUGCUGCUAUCUACGUUCAAUGCUAUCAGUCAUCUAAGAAUAUACCUGCCGAAGGAUCUACGACCACUGUCCGCACGAGAGACUGUGUGGAAAAGCGUAUUGGAAGUUCAACGACGGUGUCCGGACGGAAUUAUGCUAUUGGACCCAAUUGAGGACAUGGAAAUCAAGGACGAGAAAUUCAAAGCACUCGUCAAGAAGAUCCAAACUAUGGAGCAAAAGAUGUACGCAAGCCCACUACACAAAGAUCCUCGUCUCCCCGAGCUUUACUCGCAAUACUCGCAGAAACGAGAAGCGCAGGAGCGCAUCCGCGCGCUCAAGAAACGGAUCAACGCGACCAACGAUGUUUUGCAGCUGGAAGAGCUCAAGUCACGGAAGCGCGUGCUCCGGCGGUUAGGAUUUACAAAUGCGGACGACAUCGUCGACAUAAAGGGCCGCGUAGCGUGCGAAAUCAGCACGGGCGACGAGUUGUUACUCACGGAGCUGAUAUUCAAUGGCGUCUUCAACACACUGUCGCCCGAGCACAGUGCGGGGCUACUUAGCUGCUUCGUAUUUGCGGAGAAGAGUACACAGCCAACCAAACUCAAGGAAGAGCUGGCUGCACCCUUGCGUGUAAUGCAAGAAAUUGCGCGACGGAUAGCCAAGGUGUCGAAAGAAUCCAAGCUGCCCGUUGUCGAAGAAGAGUAUGUCUCCUCCUUCAAAGUCGAGCUCAUGGACGCUGUCGUGCAAUGGUGUCGCGGCGCUUCGUUCGCCGACAUAUGCAAGAUGACGGAUCAGUUUGAGGGCAGUCUAAUCCGCGUGUUCCGGCGACUGCAGGAGCUCAUCCGCCAGAUGACUCAGGCAGCCAAAGUCAUCGGAAAUAGUGAGCUGCAGCAGAAGUUUGAAAAGGCAUCGGAGAUGCUCGAACGCCCGAACUCGGUCAUCUUCUGUUCAUCAUUAUAUCUGUAAACUUUUCCGUCACUGUAUCGUUACCUGCUUCUUCUCAUACAACCCUCCGGGCCCAAUCUAUUCCUAUUCACACCACAAUGCUCACCGAUUAUGCUUGAGCGAUGGAAGACCUUAAUUCAUGGUUUUGUACAAUCCAAUCGAUGAAAAGUGAUGUGGGUAUG